AUGAUGAUGGAAGUGGACCUGCGAGUGAAGAAAUGUAUAAAAGCAUUAUGGGAAGUCUCUUAUACCCUACACGCCACAAGACCUGAUAUAAUGUAUGCAGCAAGUCUAUUAGCUAGAUUUAUGCAUUGUCCUACUAAUAGACAUUAUGGAACUGGAAAAAAGGUUCUCAUGUACAUCAAGGGGACUCUAAACUAUGGUUUGGAGUAUGUGAAGGGAAGAAAAGCUUGUCUAAUUAGUUAUUGUGAUAGUGGUUGGGGUGGAUCUUUGGAGGAUAGCAAGAGUACAUUAGGGUAUGCAUUCUCCUUUGGCAGUGGUGUUUUCUCUUGGGCUUCAGUUAAGCAAAGUUGUGUUGCACUAUCAACUGCAGACGCUGAAUACAUAAGUGCAUCUGAAGCUACAACUCAGGCAAUAUGGUUGAGGUUUGUCCUAGAAUAUUUUGGAGAGUUACAAAUUGAUGAAACCCCCUUCACUAUGAUAACACAUUGCCAUCACCAAGAACUCUGUGUUCCAUCAAAAGACUAA